AACAGGUCGGCGUGUUAAAGAGACCCUUUAGCAAGGAGCCAAGUCGAGUGUGGUGCCGGGUUCGGGUGGGAGGGCCAUAGCGCUCCAAUAGGGUAUGAAGUCGUCUGCCGGCCUGGCGGUGGCGACCUGGGACGCGCUGCUGGGACUCCUGGUGUGCACCCCCCUGGUGGUAGCCCACUGGCGCGCCAUCUGGUUCCUACUGGACUGGUUCGUUCUACCGGAGCGACCUCUACUCAGCGGCUGGCUGUGCUGCGUCAUCGGCCACGCGCUCGUGCUCGCCGCCCACCUCGCCCAACACGCCCUCGACUCGAUCGGAGACGACGAGGCAACCCUAGCCAACGUCAAAGUACAGCCGCAACAGCAGCGACGUCGGCCGCUGCAGCGGCCGUGGCGGGAGUUUGCCGGUCGCUUCUACACUCCUCUGCUGUCGGUGGCGACGAUCGCGCAAUGGCGAGGCGUCUGGCUUCUCCACGACCUGUACCUGAUAGAUGCCGGUCCUCUACCCUCGGCUCUGGUCUCUUUGGUCUUCGGUUGCUUGGGGCUGGCCCUGACAGGGGCGCUAAAGACGAUGUCGGCAUCGCCGCCUUUCGCCGUCGGAAGCGACGUGCCGUGGGCCUACUUCGACGCACCCACGCGGCUCGGUCGGCGACCAGACCGCGAAGGAGGCUGGACCUGGUUCACGGUCGAUUGCAUGCUGACAGUGAUCGUGAUGCACACGCUGCUGGUCAGCGGUUGGAGAGGGCUCUGGGCUCUCUUGGACGUCCUAAGGAGGUCACCUAUGGCGUCGCUGGUGUCCGGAACCACGGCGACAGUGUUGCUGAUGGUCACGCAGGCACCGGCAGGCUUCCUGUGGAGGCGUCUGGGUGGAGAGACUAAAGCUCCAAAGAACAUGCUGGACAGUGAGGCCGGAGUCUCCAAGGUGAUUCUGGAGGAAGAAUUCAGACCUUCGAAGAACGGUAACUCCCCUAAUUAUCCAUCCUGA